AUGUCAACAGCUUCCCCCAGCCACCAGAGACAGCAGGUGAAGACAUCGCAGGUCAAGAUGGCUGCUUCAACGACAACGACUACAACCAAGGCGAAGACCGCUAAGGUCGGUGCCAAUGACAACCCCAAGCAAAAGACAGUCAUGCAUCGCCGCUCCCGGACAGGCUGCUACACCUGCCGGCUACGGAGGAAAAAGUGCGAUGAGGCGGCUCCCAUUUGCACGGCCUGCAGGCAUUUGGGACUUGUUUGCGAGUACAAGCGGCCAAUGUGGUGGAGCAACAACGAUCUGCGCCGCAAAACAAAGGAGGAGAUCAAGAUGAUCAUCAAGCGCAAGAAGCUCUCCGAUAAGUCCUCGCACACCAUCCAGACAUCGGUCGGCACGCCGCCGGGCCUUUCGCACUCGCUGCCGACUUCUGCGACUUUCUCUGGCCCGAUGGAUCGCACGCGGUCUGCUUCGAUCGACUCACACUUCGGCUUUAACUUCAACAGCCCGCCCAGCACUGCCGAUUUUGGGCCUUUCACGCCGCCGCAGGUCACUCCCGAGUUCAUGUUCCCCUAUCCGUAUGAGAUUGAUGUCAAGACAGAGCGGCAGAUGUUCAUAGACGAUGUCCAGACCUUACAUGAGUCGACAACAGCCACCUACAGCUACGCCGUCCCUCCGCCGCCCGGCGUCAUCCCUCCAUUCCCUCUGGUAGGUGAAUGGACCGAGCAGGUUUACUCGGAGCGACGCGAGUCGCUGGCGACGACGGAGGAGACGGUCGACCUCAGCUAUUUUGAUGCGGGGGCAACAACAACAACAACAACAACAACCACUAAGCAGCUCGCGAUUGAGCUCGACGAGGGCGACCAGCGCCUUCUGGACCACUUCAUCAAGUUUGUCCUGCCGAUGCUCUUUCCAAUUCUCGAGGCCACACAAACCGGAUCGACCGCCUCCGACCUGAUCCUGCCCUCGCUGCAGACCAACAAGGCCUACCUGCACGUGUGCCUGUCCAUCGCUGCGCAGCACUACAAGCAGACGAUGGGCCUGACUGGUGAGGCCGCCACACAGAUUGACAAUGACAUCAUGAAUCACCGCAGCUCAGCCAUCGCAAUGCUGGUUGACGCGCUAAACCGCGACGAAGACCACCAGCAGAUCCUGGAGGCCGCCCUGGGCUUCAUCUUCUUCCAGCGGGUCGUCGGCCGCCUGGAGGACUCCCUCAGUGACGUCGCCUGGCACCAGCACUUCCAGGCGGUGAUCGCCCUGGUGCAGAAGCUCGAUCUUCCCCGUCUAGUCUCCGACCCCAACGAGCCUCUCACGCAAGCCCCCUUCGGCAUGACGCUCACCGCGUGGGUCGACAUCCUUGGCGCGACCUUCCUUAGCAGCCCGCCUGUCUUUGCCCAUACCUACCGUACCAAGCACCUCUCGCCGACCAACCCCUUCCUGGGGCUCCGCGAGCUCAUGGGCUGCGAGGACCGUGUCAUGUAUCUGAUCAGUGAGAUCGCCUGCCUCGAGGCGCUCAAGAAGAACGGCAUGGACGACAUGACCAUCAUCCAGCACGCGCAUACCCUCGGCGAGCAAAUUAACAUCACCGAGCUGUACUCCGCCGAGAUGGCUACCGCCAUCCCCUCACUCAGCCGCAACAUCACUGCCGCCUACCGCCUCGCCGCCCGCAUCUACCUGUGCAGCCUGAUCCCCGGGUUUCACCCGACCCAGGGCAGCUGCAUCCAGCUGGUCGACAAGCUUGUCGCCGUGCUGCGGCAGAUUCCUGCUGGCCCGACAGGUUUCGAUCGCAGCCUGAGCUGGGUGUACCUCAUUGGCGGCAGCGUGGCGCUGGCGGGGUCGCCGUUCCGCGCUUUCCUUGAGGAGCGCGUCGCGCUGAUGGGAGAUUUAGCCAAUAUUGGGUCGUUUGGUCGUGUGGCCACCCUCCUUCGCGAGGUUUGGGCCCAGCAGGAUGUGCUCAUGGCACAGCAGGCUGCCGUGCAGAGCGUUGUGGGGAGCCCGAGGGCGAGCCCCCCGCCAGUAACUACAACAAUGGAGGCUCCGCAGCAGCAGACGGUUGGGCAGACGGCGGUUGCGGGUACAUCGGCGCUGGCGCCGGCGUCCCAACCCUAUGUCCACUGGCGGGAUGUCAUGCAGAUGAAGGGUUGGGAUUACCUCCUCAUCUGA